AUGGCGUCCUCUACUCCCUCGUUCAGUAGCUCAGAUGAUGACCUAGCUAUCGAUAAUAGUUUAGAUGUGUACAUAAUGAAGCGCAGAGAAGAGUUGCAGAAUGAGUUUAACCUGCAAAAGGAGGUUCUGGAGCAUAAUCAUGGGAAGCUCCUGGAAGUCGAGGAGGCUGUGUUUCUGGACAGUAUCAAACAGUCUGAGGUUGUAGUGUGUCACUUCUUCCACCCUGAGUUUAAUACAUGCAAAGUUCUGAAUGACAUUCUAGAAAAUGUGGCGUCAAUACACCUUAAGGUCCGAUUUAUCAAGAUUAAUGCCCUAGGAGCGGGAUUUUUCGUCAAUAAACUGAAGAUAAAGACCCUCCCCACCCUUUGUGUCUUUGACAAAGGCAUCCUUAAGAAGAAGUUUCUCGGAUUUGACGAGUUUGGAGGCGAUAAACCGAGUGCCGAAUUGUUGCAAGUGGCUCUAGCAAAGACUGGGAUCAUCAAUUAUGUUAGCAGAGAACGGCAGAGUACCUCCAUUUUUGGUCAUAGGGACCCCGAUGACUCAGACAGUUUUUAG